AUGAAGUUUGAAACACCAACAGCCGGUCGGGAAAGCUACAUCCCCAUGCAGGAGAACAGAAACUUCGGAAUGAUCCCGACCAAGAAAGCCUGGUUGGACAAGAAGGUGACCGUGCGUGUUGCUAUGUGGUGCUCUCUGGCCCUCCAAAUGAUUGUGUGGUGUAUCCAAAGGUUGAUCAUGAGCUAUUGGUACCAGGGCUAUGACUGGUACAAAACAUCUGAGAUCGGCUGUUACUACCAGGAUCGGGGACUGCUGCUUCUUGUCUCGUUGUUUGCGAGCUCAGGCUUUUAUUUGUGGUCAAAAUAUCCCUAUCGAUCGUGUUUCACCCUCGGUGAAGCGAUCAAAAUGUCUUUCCUGGGUUCGUUCUUUGUUUUCAUCCUGGUGAAUGUCGCCUCGUGGUUUGAUGACACUUUUUGA